CAUCGUCACAUCCUCUUCCUUUUUGCAAUGUAGGGGCCUACAAGAAGCGAAAAGAAGAUAGUUGCAGCUACGCUGUGUUGUUUUUUGUUAAAUAAAUUUAGGUACGCCCAAAUCGAUCUAGUUAUUCAGACAAUAGAUGUGGAAAAUGUUGUGUCGCAAAUGUGAGUUUCCAUGCCGCUGUCGGGGCGUUCCUCGCUAAGGGAGCGUCUUUAAAGACAUCUACUAGGAAAUAAACGUUGAGCCGGAGCCCCCAGUGAAGCAGGAAGGAUGCCUGCUGCAGAGAGCAGCCAUGCACGCCGUGUUCUGUCAUCUCUGAACCAGCAGAGGGCAGCAGGGAGGUUUUGUGAUGCAGUGCUGAAAGUGGGAGACGGGGUGUUUUACCGUGCACAUCACAGCAUCCUCGCCUGUUUCAGUGAACUCUUCGAGAAGCCCAACACGAGCACUGCUAAUUGCAUGGAGUUCUGCCUGCAGGGUUGCCCCGGCGACGGCCUGGAGCUGCUCUUAAACUUCGUCUACACCGGAGAGCUGAAGCUGGACCUGGACAACCUGGACAAGGUGCAGCAAGCAGCAGCCAGCCUGUGUAUACCUGAAGCUCUCACAAUCUGUCAGCAGUUCAAGGAGACCUCUGUGGAUGCUGGGUCUUUGAAGCAGAAAAGAGGGAGACGGAGAAAGUGUGCAAAGGCUGUUAAAGAGGAGAACUUGAUUGCAGCAACAGAUGAGUCAAGAGUUGAUUCUGCUGCAGUCAGUUUUACCAGAGCGGAGACCGCAACUCCUGCCACCACAACACGCUCUGGUCGAGUGGUAAAGGGCCCCAAGCGACUGGUGACCGUUGGUGUAAUCCCCACUUCGGACAUCAAGAGGGCCUCACUCACUUCUGUGGAGAAAGAGAGAGGGGAAGUUUCAGCAGAAAAUCUAAACCUAGCUGCUGAAGCUGAGGUAACUGAGCUGCAGACUGACGUACAUGGCAGCAGUGUUAGCCAGACAGCUGGAGAAGCAGCAGCAGAGGAGGGGGAGGAAGAAGAUGACGUGGGGGAUUUUGAGCCUGUCACUGACGACACAGAUGAAGAGUAUGUGCCCCCCGUUGAGUCCACUUCCUCAGCCUGGCUCACAUCAGCAUCAGAGAAGCGCAAGGCCCAAGUUAAAACAAACAAAAACAAGAGCAUCGAUGCUGUGGAAGAAGACUUCAGGAAGGAUUCGGUGCAGUGUCCCAUCUGCCACAAAUCCUUCAAGAGCAAAUACUAUCUCAAAGUCCACAACAGGCGGCAUACAGGGGAGAGGCCUUUUGGUUGCCUUAAAUGUGGGAAGAGAUACUUCAGAAAGGAGAAUCUGUACACACACCAGAGCAGAGACUGUGCCAGAGUCCUGACGUACACCUGCUCGACAUGCUCCUCAUCCUUUAACACAAAAGAAGAUUUGCGGUUGCAUGUUGUCGCUCACACAGGAGAAAUGCCCCACAAGUGUUCAACGUGUAAUGAGCAGUUUAUGUACAAGAAGAACUUGACAAUGCACCUGAUGAAGCUCCAUGGUCAUCCCAAACCACAUGCUUGUCCACAGUGCCCCAAAACUUUCUUAACUCGGACUGAGCUGCGUGUGCAUGAAGCGGCCAAACAUCGGGGUGAAAAACCCUUUGUGUGUGAGGAGUGUGGCCAUCGAGCAUCAAGUCGAAACGGCCUGCAGAUGCAUAUCAAAGCCAUUCACAGAAACGAGCGGCCGUUUGUGUGCAACUUAUGUGGCCACGCGUUCUCCCAGAAGAACAACCUCAACAUGCAUCUGCGGGUACACAGCGGCGAGCGGCCUUACCAGUGUCACCUCUGUGGGAAAACCUUCCGGACACAAGCCAGUCUGGAUAAGCACCACCGGACACACACCGGCGAGCGUCCCUUCAGCUGCGACGUCUGUGAGCAGCGCUUCACGGAGAAGGGGGCCCUCCUCCGCCACAAGGCCAGCAAGCACGAGGAGGGCCGCCCACACUGCUGCCACAUAUGUGGCAAAACCUUCAAAGCAAGAGAGCAGCUGCGUGUCCACCUGCGUCGCCACAAAGGUGUGAGGAACUUUGAGUGCAUCGACUGUGGCUACAAGUUCACCAGACAGGCCCACCUGCGACGACAUAGUCUGAUCCACAAACGCACUGAGAACUACAACCCACGGCAGAGGAAGCUGAGGAACGUCAUCGUGCAGGACGAGAACGAGGGCACUAAAUCCGAUUACACCCCAGAGACGGCUGCCGUCCAGGAGUCCACGAACCCGCAGCCGGACUCAUCAGGCCUGGCCUCCAGCUGCAUCGUGCGGGUGGUGAUUGAGCCUGAUGACGCGGCGAUGAGGGAGGUGGGGAGUAACCAGAGCACGAGGCACAGCGAGACCACGGAGAGCUUCUCUGUCCCGGAAGUUUUGCAGCAGACUCAGCUGGUCAUAAAGGCGUACGGACCCAUGGUGGACAUGGAGCAGAUCGUUGAGGAUUUAUCUGAGAAUAAGGCGUGAAGGCUGGCAGCCAUCAGACCAGCCAAGCCUGAGUUCAUCAAAUGUGCUGCUGAGAAAAUAAAUGACUCAUUUGAUGUUUACAGCAGCUGUAAAAUCGAACAGAACAGUCCUGGUCUGGCAGAUAAUCUUCACGUUUCAUGGUCACAAUGAGAGGUGGUACGUUACUGGACUGAAUUAAAUUGUUUCUAAUGUUUUGCCUCAUAAAAAAAAAGAAGUAGAAUUAUUGUCAGAGCUGCUGAAGAUGAUGCUUGUAAGCAAUUCUACAUAAUGACUGUAGAUUAUUUUAAAACAUGAACUUUGCAAGUGUUCUGGUUAAUUCCAUUAGGUUUUGUCUUUUGUGUCUCUGUGGGUCAGCUAUACAAAAUAAACCCUGAAAAACC